AUGAAACACAACCACGCAUCUGCCAGCAAAAUGGGGAAGACCGCUGGUGGGAGAUCAGCAAGAAACCCCUUUAAAUCACAAAAUCAGCAAGGGCUGUCCAGCAAAAAAAAGGGAACAGAUGAAAAAGGAAGACUGCAAGGUCAAAAAAGAAAGCAGGUCACUCAAGCAGUCGGAAGGAAAGCUACGGAAGAUGAGAACUAUUCCCCCCCAGGAAAGAAAGGUUCUUCAAAUAAGGUGAAACUAACCAAUGCUAAAAUAGGAUCUUGGCAGACCCUCUCAGAUAGCAGCAGGAAGUUUCUAGAAACUGCAAUGGAUUCAGUAAUACUAUCCAUUUUGUGCCAACAAAGUGAUAGAAAAGAUGAUGUUCAGAGACACCUCAAUUUACUGAAAGAAAAGGUGCUGAGAUUUUUCAAGACUUUAAAGGUACCUCCAGGGAAACUGGGCAACCUGAAGAAUGUCCCGAGCCUUCAAAUGGCAGAAGAACGAAUGCUUGAGACAAAUGAAGAAUCUCUGGUACAAUUGCAGGAAGAAAUAAAUGAAGCUGAGCGAUCAGCAGAACGCAUUGAGGAAAAUAUACUACAACUGCAGUACAAAAUACAGGUGCUCAAGAGCCAGUUAGAGGAAGAUGAAAGAAAGGCUGGAAAGGUAUUCCAGGAAAACAGCAGUGGAGCACUCCACCUUCCAGAACUCCCCAAGCGCAGUUUACAGGCACCCACUUUGCAGGAAGAAAUUUUGAAGGUAAAAAAUCAGAAAGGUCUUUUAAAGGAUAUGAACACUAUUCAGCAGUCAGCUGACUUGAAGAAUAUGUUAACCCUCAUUGAAAAGGCCUAUGAGAAGGUGGACUUCCUUUGA